AGUAAAUUUUAGUACAAUGAACUGUUGAGAACUAAGAGAAGAGAGCACAAUAACAAAAAGAAAAAAAGAGUAAAUUAGCGGGUGCUAAAGCCCAGAAACAUAUGGCAACUCCAUUUAAGGGGGAAUUUUUCAUAGUGAAAGAGAGAGAUUGUAUGAGAAAUGAAACAUUUUGUUUUGUUUGGUUGGCUUGAAAUAUUUUACUCGCCUGAAAAUUCGUUUGAAUCGAACGCUCGAUACAACUGCACGUCGUUCUCCUGCGUUUUUAUACUUGUGUGUUGCCGAUAACGUUAUUUUGUUGGAAACGUCGUGUUGUGUUUUUUCUGUAAAAAAGUUUUUUUGUGUGUUUUUUUUUGCUGGCGUUUCUGGCAAUACAUAAAAAUUAAUACGAAAAAGAAAAUUUCUUAAAACGUUUGAAAAAAAAAAGUUAAAGAAAAAACCUUUUAAUAGCAAAAUUAAAGAAACUUAAAAGAAAAUAAAGAAAAUUAAUAACUAAAACUAUUUGAUAAAGCUACGACUUUUAGUUUUUAUAAUAAAAGUAAAGAAACUACGCACUAACUUUAAAAUUAUUUAAAUUUUUUUUAAACCAAGAAAUAAUUUAAAUUUAUAUACAAAAAACACUUGUGAAAGUUUAGUUUAGAGAGAAAGCUGUUAAAUUUGUUUGAAAUUUAUAAAUACCAUAAAAAAAUUUUUUCACAUUUUCCAAACAUUCGCGUGGAUCGACGACCGAUUGAAGACAAAAAAAAAAAAUAAAGCAUAAAAAGUGAGACGACGACCCAAACAACAACAAGAAUCACACAAUUAAACAACGUAUAGGGACAAAAACACUCUAGCACACGUUAACAACAAAAACAAGUCAAAAACAACAACAACAACUACAAACUACGAUAUUAACUUGGCUAAAAGUAAAAACAACAACAACCUAAUGUUUUGAAGCAUAAUAACAAAACACGCAAAACCACAAUAACGCCAAGAUACUAAAAGCAAAACAAAAAAAUACGGAGAAUAAAACUAAGAAACCUGGUCUCGUAAGCCUUUUUUUCUUACUUCCAAUAUACAAUUUUGUUGUAUCUUCUACAACAUAAAGGAACGGGAGGGCAAUAACAACACAUAUUCCCUAACAAAACUUUUAAAAGUACCACACACAAAAGGGAUAAAAACCAAGCCCCAGCAAAGUUGUUUUGAAAACAACAUCAUAAUCAUUUCAACAUCAUCAUUAUUAUUAUCACAGCAACUACAUCGCCUUAACAUAUUGAAUGACUUCUUCUUCUUCUUCAUCGUCUCAAUAACUGCACUAGUGUGUGUGUGUGUGUAUUUAUAUGGUAAAAAAGGCUGAUUUUAUGCAAGAAAGAAAAAUUAAUAUUUUUUUUUUAACAAAAAAGGAAUUAUAAUAAAUCUUGCCUGUGUUUGUGUGUGUGUGUGUAAUGUAAAGAAAAUAAGGCCAGCUGUUUAGCUAAGGAUUAGCAAAAGGAUAACAAGGACUUGAUUAACUACAGACAAGCCAAGCACAGACGGUGAAGAGCAAAAAUAUUAAUUUAAGUUUUAAAAAGAAAAGUGAUACAAUUUUUUUUAAACAUUAGACCAAGAAAUUUUAUUAUUAAUAACAAUUAAAAGAGUUUAUUUUUAUAAGUUUUAAUUUUUAGAAUUUUUUUUUUUAAUUUCAUUGUGAUACUUUUAACUUUUUUAUAAAGUUUAAUGUUAUAAUUUAACAUAAUUCCAAUUAUUUGUCAACACUCAAGUAAAUAUACCAAAAAAUUUUUUAAUUAAAAAAAAAAAAAACUAAACUAUUUUGUGAAAAGAAAUAAACCAAAUAUUGUUUAAAUUCUUAAAGUUAACUUAAAGAAUUGCACAUUAUAACCUCGAAAAAAACCAAGUGAAACUAAUUUAUUUUAUAUUUAAUUAAAUUCAUUCCAUUUUGGGUAAUUUUUGUAACAACUAAUUUAAAAAAAUUAACAACAACAUGUUGAACUUAACAACAAACUUAUUGUGGUAUUUAAAACCAAAAUUCCAUUUUUUGUUUAUAAGCUGCCUUUUAUUGUUACUCCAUCUAACACCCUCCACAUGGGCCUGUUCUAGUCGUUCUUUACCCAAACCUAGGCCAAUUAAUGCGCCCAUUACCACCAAGGCUCCAACAACUACUACGGCACGUACUACCACCACCAGCACUACCACCACUACUACUACCACUCCUAGGCCCAAUAUAACCUUCCCCACUUUCAAGUGUCCGGCCAAUUAUGAUGCCUGGUAUUGUCUCAAUGAGGCCACUUGUUUUACGGUCAAGAUAGGUGAUUCCAUUAUGUAUAAUUGUGAGUGCGCCAUUGGUUUUAUGGGUCCACGUUGUGAAUACAAAGAACUUGAUGGUUCCUAUGAACCCAAACGUCCUCGUCCCAUAUUGGAAAAGGCCAGCAUUGCCAGUGGUGCUACUUGCAUUUUACUAUUCUUGUUAUUCGUCUGCUUGACGCUAUAUCUACGUUAUGAUCAAAAAUCCGCCAAGAUUAUGUAUGAAGAAUAUGAUUAUACUUCAACUUUGGCCUACAACAAUUGUCGCUUUUGUACGGAUAAACAUUGCUGUUCGGCCGAUGAUUCUAAUAAUGAUAUGCGAUUUUUAUUGAAUAAGGAUGGUAAAGUUUCUUGGUUAAGGCAUCACAUUGAGGCAUUUCCCAUGGGCUUUUCUAGCAAACGUUUUAAUAAAUUGUAAAGUGCUGGAGAGGAAGUAAGGAGGAAGAAAAUUUUCUUAAAUAAAGGGCAGUUUAUAGAUUAGUAUUAAGAUUUGUGUGGAGCAUUACCUUUUAUGCAGUAUUUGCUAGUUUUUUUUAUUUUUAAAGAAAUUAUUUAGAAUUUUUCUUUAAAUUUUGGGAUUUUUAAUCAUGGAUUUAAAAAUACAGAUUUUUAGUGAAAAUUUGAAAUUUUAGUUAAAUUUUGAAAUUUUUGUUAUAUUUUGAAAUUUUAGUUAAAUUUUGAAAUUUUAAAAUUUAAGUAAAAAUUUGGAUUUUCUAAGAAAAUUUUGAAAUUUUAGUGAAAAUUUGGAUUUUCUAAGAAAAUUUAAAAUUUUAAUAAAAUUUAGAAUUUUUAGUGAAAUUUCGAAUUUUAUGUAAAAUUUUUGAUUUUUCGUGAAAAAUUUAAACCAACUAUAGAUCAGUUCUAGAUCAUUUCUAAUUGAGUUCAAGAUCAAUUCUAGAUUAAUUAUAGAUCAGUUUUAAAUCGGUUUCGAGUUCAGUUGUAAAUCAGUUUUAUUUUUAUAUCAUGAUUAUAAGUUCAGUUCUUGUUCAGCUCUUGUUCUAGCUCAUUUCACGAUCAGUUCCAGAUUAAUUCUACUUCAGUUACAGUUUAGUUCUAGUUUAAUUCUUUAAUGGUUCUAGAUCGGUUCUUUUAAUGGUUCUAGAUCGGUUCUUUUAAUGGUUCUAGAUCAGUUCUAGAUUAAUUCUAGUUUAGAUCUAGUUUAGGUCUAAUUCAGUUUUAGUUAAUUUCUAGAUCAGUUCUAGUUAAACUAUAGAUCAAUCCUAGUUUGGUUCUAGAUCAGGUCUAGAUUAAUUCUAGUUCAGUUUUAGAUCAAUUCUAGUUCAGUUCCAGUUCAGUUUUAGUUCAGUUCUAGAGUUCAGUACUGGUUCAGUUCUAGUUGAGUUCUAGUUCAGUUCUAGUUCAA